UUCAUCCUCAUUCUCUAUGUUCUUAGCCUUAUCCACCGGUAAAAUACCCUUGUAAUCUCACUUUUAUCAAGGACCAAGCCCCCAUUCUCAAACACCUCCCAAGGAUUUUGCAGCUGUAUUGGAUACUCGGCCAAGCCCAAUUUCCGGUUUCAAAAAGUAGAUGUAGUCAUUUUGAAUCCUGUGCCGUAUUUCCCGCGAUGAUGAAUUUGUUGUUGCGGUACCAUUUUCUCACACCUCAUUUUUGCCAGGACUUGUAUAGCACUUGAUACUAGGGCAAUGUUAUCAUCAAAGCAACAACUGACAGCCGUGCUGCUCCUGGCUGGGCGCGCGCUGGGACUGAACUUUACGAUUUCUAACGGCCAGAUCUUUACACCUGGUUUUGUGGUGCUGGAUGCCCCUCAACCGAACACGCCCCUUGGAGGGGAUACGUUGCACGUCGCUAUAGAUGUGACCGCCAACGGCAAGCUGCCGUUGCCGCCGCAUGACGAAGGUGACGACAACCAGAUCUUCAGUAUCGAGAUGUUCCUCUACAGUUACAUGACAGGUCGCAACUUGACCAUCUCUAAUGGGACGGCGACCGCUAAUAACGCAAGUCUUGGGGAGAUCAUGGCCCAAGAACCAGGCAGUACGGUCAAGCACAUUAACUGGGUGUGGCCUGACUGUCUUGUUGGCGAUGGAAAUCCUGAAGGAGACAGUGAUCGCGGUGUUUACAACAUUUCCAUCCGACAAAACUUUAGGCUCAACGGCGAUGACCACUAUACCAUCUUCGACGUUCCAAUCAACGUCACCAAUUCGAUUCCUGAGGAUGAUGAUCGGCCGUCUUGCGAUGAGCUAUCGAAUGAGAUACUCUCGCCCGAGGAAAUUGACGCAGAGGCAGCUAAUAAAGUGGGCGUUUUGUUUGCGCCAGGUGACUCGACCGAGCUUGAUGCCAGUGGUGAGGAUUCGAAGGGAUCUGCCCUUGAUUCGAAACUAGCGGUAUAUGCUGGAUUGGUGAGCUUGUUCAUGGCGAUUUAAUUGUAAAGAUCCUGAUUAGCCUCUUGACAUUCUGAUACCCCCUAACUUAAGAAGCGCAAGCUCUUUUACAUAGUAUAUUGCAUUCCAGCAAACUUGUUUCAGGAAUCCAUUCAUCGUUCAAAUGCUCUCGAGCCAUAGUAAUUCACAGUCCCAAAGUCUGAGCGUGAAAGUUGAAAC